AUGAUAUUUAUCAUGACGGAUGAGAAACAUAAGGAGUAUUUCGGGCUGUACUACUUUCAGUAUAUGAUAGUUGGCCUCUGUACGAUAUUAUUCCUUUAUUCAGAGAUAUCCUUAGUGCCUAGAGGCCAGAGCAUCCAAUUCAGUCUUGAUGACUCUAGCAUAUCAAAACGUUACGUGGCAAACGAACUUGUAGGCCCACUAGGUUGCUUAAUUUUGAGUGUUGGGUUGAGUAACAUGGUCAUCAUUUGGACCUGUAUGUUCGAGAAGGAUCUGCUAAAGAAAAAUAGAGUAACAUGGCUAAGAGAAAGACCAGACGGCAUCUCGAAGGAUUUUCACUUUAUGCACACUAGUUUAUUGUGUUUAAUGCUGAUAAUAAGCAUUAAUGCUGCGUUAACAGGCGCCUUAAAAUUGAUCAUCGGAAAUUUGAGACCAGAUUUUAUUGAAAGAUGUAUACCCGACCUUCAAAAGAUAAGUGAUUCUGAUUCUUCGUUGUUUGGGUUGGAUAUUUGUAAGCAAACUAACAAAUGGGUUCUCUAUGAAGGCUUGAAAAGCACACCGAGUGGGCAUUCAAGUUUUAUGGUAAGUACCAUGGGUUUUACGUAUCUUUGGCAAAAAGUGUUUACAACUCGCCAUACAAGAAGCUGUAUCUGGUGCCCUUUACUGGCUCUAGUGGUAAUGAUCUCAAGAGUCUUUGAUCAUAGACAUCAUUGGUACGAUGUUAUCUCGGGUGCUGCAUUAGCGUUUCUAGUGAUUUAUGGUUGUUGGAAAUGGACAUUUGGUAACGUGGGGAAAAGAGAAAUACUUCCUUCACCUAUAAGUGUUUAG